AUGGCGGCGGCGACGGUCGGGCGGGACACUUUACCUGAGCACUGGUCCUACGGGGUGUGCCGGGAUGGCCGCGUCUUCUUCAUCAAUGACCAGCUCCGCCGCACGACCUGGCUGCACCCGCGCACCGGGGAGCCCGUCAACUCGGGCCACAUGAUCCGCUCAGACCUGCCCCGCGGCUGGGAGGAGGGCUUCACGGAGGAGGGCGCCAGCUACUUCAUCGACCAUAACCAGCAGACCACAGCAUUCAGGCAUCCUGUGACGGGACAAUUUUCUCCGGAAAAUAGUGAAUUCAUUCUUCAAGAAGAGCCGAAUCCACAUAUGUCGAAGCAAGACAGAAACCAAAGACCGUCCAGCAUGGUCAGUGAAACAUCCACGGCUGGGACCGCCUCCACCCUGGAGGCCAAGCCUGGACCCAAGAUCAUAAAGUCCAGCAAUAAAGUCCACAGCUUUGGGAAGAGAGACCAGGCCAUUCGGAGGAACCCCAAUGUUCCCGUGGUGGUGAGGGGCUGGCUGCACAAGCAGGACAGUUCUGGGAUGAGGCUGUGGAAAAGGAGGUGGUUUGUGCUUGCUGAUUACUGCUUAUUUUACUAUAAAGACAGCCGAGAAGAAGCGGUCCUUGGGAGCAUCCCCUUGCCCAGCUACGUGAUCUCUCCUGUGGCCCCUGAGGAUCGCAUAAGCCGCAAAUAUUCCUUUAAGGCUGUGCACACGGGGAUGCGAGCCCUCAUCUAUAACAGCUCCACGGCGGGCUCUCAGGCCGAGCAGUCGGGCAUGAGGACCUACUACUUCAGUGCCGACACCCAGGAGGACAUGAACGCUUGGGUCAGGGCCAUGAACCAGGCUGCACAGGUGCUGUCUCGAUCAUCACUGAAGAGGGAUAUGGAGAAGGUGGAGCGGCAGGCUGUCCCCCAGGCCAACCACACAGAGUCCUGUCACGAAUGUGGCCGGGUGGGACCCGGACAUACGAGAGAUUGUCCUCAUCAUGGCCAUGAUGACAUUGUCAACUUUGAGAGGCAGGAGCAGGAGGGAGAGCAGUACCGUUCCCAGAGGGACCCACUGGAGGGCAAGCGGGACCAGAGCAAGGCCAGGUCUCCGUACUCGCCAGCCGAGGAGGAUGCCUUGUUUAUGGAUUUACCCAGUGGUCCAAGAGGCCAGCAGGCACAGCCCCAACGGGCAGAGAAGAAUGGAAUGAUGCCUGCCUCAUAUGGCACAGGAGAACAGAAUGGGACUGGCGGGUACCAGCGGGCCUUUCCUCCCAGGACCAACCCUGAAAAACACAGCCAGAGGAAGAGCAAUCUGGCCCAGGUGGAGCACUGGGCAAGGGCCCAGAAGGGGGACAGCAGGAGUCUUCCCUUGGACCAGACGCUUCCUCGCCAGGGUCCUGGCCAAUCCCUGUCCUUCCCAGAAAACUACCAGACUCUUCCCAAGAGCACCCGACACCCCUCGGGGGGCUCCUCGCCACCUCCCCGAAACCUGCCAAGUGACUACAAGUAUGCACAGGACCGAGCCAGCCACCUGAAGAUGUCAAGUGAAGAGCGCCGGGCGCACCGGGAUGGCACCGUGUGGCAGCUCUACGAGUGGCAGCAGCGCCAGCAGUUCCGGCACGGCAGCCCCACAGCGCCCAUCUGCCUCGGCUCCCCAGAGUUCACUGACCAGGGCCGGAGCAGGAGCAUGCUAGAGGUGCCCCGCUCCAUCUCUGUGCCUCCAUCUCCUUCAGACAUCCCUCCCCCAGGACCCCCAAGGGUCUUCCCACCCCGGCGGCCACACACACCAGCAGAGCGAGUCACAGUGAAGCCACCGGACCAGAGGAGGAGUGUGGAUAUCUCACUGGGGGAUUCUCCAAGGAAGGCACGGGGCCACGCUGUCAAGAACUCAUCUCACGUGGACCGACGCUCCAUGCCCUCCAUGGGUUACAUGACCCACACCGUCAGCGCUCCCAGUUUACAUGGAAAAUCGGCUGAUGAUACCUACCUCCAGCUGAAGAAAGACCUGGAGUACCUAGAUCUAAAGAUUAAAAAUAAUGAACCUUUGAUCAACGUGCUUUACAAAGUGCUGAAGAAGUCAGCACGGGGCUGUCGGCCCAGGAGAAGCAUGACAGGCCGGGACCUUCUCAAGGAUCGAAGUCUGAAGCCUGUGAAGAUCGCUGAGAGCGACACUGACGUCAAACUGAGCAUCUUCUGUGAACAAGACAGGGUCCUCCAGGACUUGGAAGACAAGAUACGAGCCCUUAAAGAGAACAAAGACCAGCUAGAAUCUGUGCUGGAGGUGUUGCACAGACAGAUGGAGCAGUACCGAGACCAGCCCCAGCACUUGGAGAAGAUUGCCUACCAGCAGAAGUUGCUGCAGGAGGACCUCGUCCAUAUCCGAGCUGAGCUCUCCAGAGAGUCCACUGAGAUGGAAAAUGCUUGGAACGAAUACCUGAAGUUGGAGAAUGAUGUGGAACAGCUGAAGCAGACCCUGCAGGAGCAACACAGAAGAGCCUUUUUUUUCCAGGAGAAAUCGCAGAUACAGAAAGAUCUAUGGAGAAUUGAAGAUGUCACUGCAGGCCUGAGUACAAAUAAAGAGAACUUCAGAAUUCUAGUGGAGUCAGUCAAAAAUCCGGAGAGAAAAACGGUGCCUUUGUUUCCUCACCUGCCUGUGCCUUCACUCUCAACUUCUGAGAGCAAGCCGCCCCCACAGCCCAGUCCUCCCACCAGCCCUGUGCGGACCCCUCUGGAGGUUCGACUCUUCCCCCAGCUGCAAACCUACGUGCCGUACCGACCUCACCCACCCCAGCUGAGGAAAGUGACAUCCCCCAUUCAGUCACCAACUAAGGCGAAGCCCAAAGUUCAGGAAGAUGAAGCACCUCCCAGGCCCCCACUCCCCGAACUCUACAGCCCAGAGGAACAGCCCCCGGCUGUGCCGCCUCUGCCAAGAGAGGCCACCAUCAUCCGGCACACAUCUGUGCGGGGCCUCAAGCGGCAGUCAGACGAGAGGAAGCGAGACCGGGAGCUGGGGCAGUGUGUGAACGGGGAUUCCAGGGUGGAGCUGCGGUCGUAUGUCAGUGAGCCUGAGCUGGCGACCCUCAGCGGGGACAUGGCCCAGCCCUCCCUGGGACUUGUGGGCCCUGAGAGCAGGUACCAGACGCUGCCAGGCAGAGGGCUCUCAGGGUCCACGUCAAGGCUCCAGCAGUCGUCCACCAUUGCUCCCUACAUCACACUCCGGAGGGGUCUCAAUGCCGAAAGCAGCAAGGUGACCUUCCCUAGACCUAAGAGUGCCUUGGAGCGCCUGUACUCAGGGGAUCACCAGCGGGGCAAGAUGAGUGCGGAGGAGCAGCUGGAGCGCAUGAAGCGACACCAGAAGGCCCUGGUCCGAGAGCGCAAGAGGACACUGGGCCAAGGGGAGAGGAUGGGCCUGCCCUCAUCUCGCUACCUCAGCCGGCCGCUCCCUGGAGAUCUUGGCUCAUGGAAGCGUGAGCAGGACUUUGACCUGCAGUUGCUGGAACGGGUCGUGCAAGGGGAAAAAAAGGACAAGGAGGAGAAUGGCUGGUUGAAAGUGCAGGCCAUGCCUGUCACUGAGUUGGACCUGGAGCCUCAAGACUAUGACUUGGACAUCAGCAGAGAGCUGUCCAAACCAGAGAAGGUGUCAAUCCCUGAGCGCUAUGUGGAGCUAGAUCCCGAAGAGCCACCCAGCCUUGAGGAGCUGCAGGCGCGGUACCGCAAAGCCGAGAAGAUCCGCAACAUCCUCGCCCGGUCAAGCAUGUGCAACCUACAGCCGACCUCAGGCCAGGACCGGAACAGUGUGGCUGACCUGGACUUGCAGCUGCAGGAGCAGGAGCGCAUCAUCAACAUCUCCUAUGCCCUGGCCUCCGAGGCCUCCCAGCGUAGCAAGCAGGUGGCAGCACAGCAGCUGGCCCUCCUCCCGCCUAAAGGCCCCCUGUCUUCCAGGACGGUGCCACAUUACCCCCCUUUUACCAACGGACUCCACUACACCUUUGUCUAACACCUUCCAACCCAGGCAGUGACUGACCCGUGACCCAGCAUGCAAAGGAGAAGCCUGGAGCCAGGGGCCCAGUGGAACCAGCUUCCUCCAAGGAGAUGACCUUUCUGCCCCCAAGGAAACCCCUUCCAGCUGAGCAGGGAAUCCGGUUGGAGGAAGGAGCAGCUUACCAACUGCGGGUAUUCACCACAGGCCAGGCCCUAAUAUGCACCCACUAGUUUAGCUCAGACUCCUCUCUACAUAUGAAUGGCAAAGGCACUUUUGAUACACACUGUAAAAUACACUGUAUUUUAGAAUUGGAAUCUAUUUUCUGAUGUUCACCUCAAGGGCUGAGUGGCAGGAAGGUUGAGGAUGCAGGACUUUGCAGCUGCACAUACAGAUUCAGGUACUUUUGGGUGACAGGUUUUGAGGGGGCGGGAAGGGCGGGGCAAGUCGAGGCUAGUCGAACUUCCAAUGACCUCAGGAGAAAGUGAGAUUUGAAGAGGUGUUCCCAGUAGACUCCAGCAAGAGGCUGGUUGGCGUGCUGUCUGGGAGAAGAGGGGCCCUUGGCUGCAGAGAUCAGCUGUCCCUGACCUGAUGACCAGCUCUGUGUGAAACUCCACCAGGAUUGCACGUGGAGCCCAAGUCUGUGCCUUGCCCCUUGGGUUUGGCUUAGGGGCAACAGUGUGUUCAAGAGGACUGGGGCCCACAACCUGCCCCCAGGCUUCCCUCAGCAAAGGGCUGUUGUCAGAAAGAAAAAAGCAGUUUGCUAUCUUUUUUUUUUUUUGAGACGGAGUUUCACUCUUGUUGCCAAGGCUGGAGUGCAAUGGCACGAUCUUGGUUCACUGCAACCUCUGCCUCCUGGGUUCAAGUGAUUCUCCUGCCUCAGCCUCCCAAGUAGCUGGGAUUACAGGCAUGUGCCACCAUGCCUGGCUAAUUUUAUAUUUUUAGUAGAGACGGGGUUUCUCCAUGUUGGUCAGGCUGGUCUCAAACUCCUGACCUCAGGUGAUCCAUCCACCUCGGCAUCCCAAAGUGUUGGGAUUACAGGCGUGAGCCGCCACGCCGGGCCUGCUUUCAUUUUUAACAGUACGCAUUGAAGUACAGAAAAGGUGAGAGGAAGCAACUUUCAUUGUAUCAUAGCAAUAAACUCCACACUGGGUGACAUCUACCUAGAAAUCCCUUCCCUCCAACCAGGCCAUGAUGGGAACCUUUGCUGCCUGCCCUUGGAGAACCCCGGAUUGGCUUCCCUGGGACUCAGGUCUGGUGGCAGGAGGGCAGCAGUGUGCCCGCACCAUCCUUCAUGGCCUGCUGCCAGCAGGGUCAUAAUGGCAGGACUUUGAUUUGACUUCCAGCCCCACAUGAGGAGGGGGGCUACGAAGCCAGGUGCAGUGUUUGUGGCCCUUUAUUUAAGUUGUUUUCUUAUAUUAUUCUGCAUAUAAACAAUGAUGUUUAAAUGGAAAAAACAACAACAACAAAAACCUCCAUUGGGUGGAGCCACACUUUAAAUGAAAAUUUCUCUUUGACUAUGCUCAGAAAAAAAAAUAGAAUUUUGAAUAUAUUUAGCAGUUGUCGUCUAUUUUUAACUAACUCCAUAUGCUGCCAGUAUCGACUUCAUGACAUUUGCCAAAAUAAAAUUUUAUUUUUGCCUUUAUAAGAUUUUCUUGGAAAAAAUGAAAUGAAUAUUUUGCAAGAAAAAGUAAAUUUAAAAAUGUAAUGGUUUGCAAAACCAAUGUGAUGUACAGAUUAAAAUAUUACCUGAUGCGUUUCCUGUUUCUUGCUGGCUAUGGUCUCUGGUGAGUGGCCUGUGUACAUUUGUUUCCGUUUCUUUGGAAAAUCCCCACUGUCAGCUCUCGGCCCUGCUUCUGUUUACCUAUGAAAAGUUUCUUCUGGUGACGAUUCCUUGACAUCUGAUUGACUGUAGAGGCCUGGAGUGAGGAGGCCUGUGCUUCUGGGCCCCUGGCUAGGCUUCCACAGUUGCUCAAGGCAACCCCCUACCCCAUCCCAGUCAAG